CCCCCCCCCCCUCCCACACCCACACCCACACCCACACCCAUACCACUCGCCACCCCCUUCUCUCUCGCACGCAUGCGGACGUCGACAGAGCAGCGGCGGCAGUUCCUUGCGGCGGCCAACCCUGCUGCUGCCGACGAGUUUGCCGACAUCAACUGGUUCCACACUGUCCUCCUCACCGUCACCCCAGCCUUGGCUCUCUACGGCUACCUCACCACACCGCUGACCUGGCCUACUCUCGUUCUGGCCAUUGUGUGGUACUUUGCCACAGGCUUGGGCAUCACCGCCGGCUAUCAUCGGCUUUUUGCGCACAGGGCGUACCAGGCUACCAACGGGGUGCGGGCGACACUGCUGGCGUUUGGUGCGGCGGCAUUCCAGGGAUCGGCGGCCUGGUGGUGCCGGGCGCACGUCCUCCACCACCGCUUCACCGACACGCCCAAGGAUCCGUACAACGUGCACAAGGGCUUCUGGUGGGCGCAUCUGGGGUGGAUGAUCACCCAAAUGGACAAGUCCAAGUGGGGCAAGACCAACAUCGCCUUUCUCAAGAACGACCCCAUGGUCUCCUUCCAACACAAGCACUACGUCAAGAUCGCCCUCACCGUCGGCAUUGUUGUCCCCACACUCAUCGGCGCAGCCUACGGCGACGCCUGGGGCGCCUUCUUCUACGCCUGCAUGCUCCGCAUGGUCUUUGUUCACCACGCCACCUUUUUCGUCAACUCGCUCGCCCACACUGUCGGCGCCAAGCCCUUCUCGCACCUCACUUCGGCCUCGGACUCGAUCAUCACUGCCGUCCUCACCCUCGGCGAGGGCUUCCACAACUACCACCACGUCUUUCCCUCCGACUACCGUAACGCCAUCAAGUACCACCAGUACGAUCCAACCAAGUGGCUCAUCGCCUUCCUCUCUUACUUUGGCCUCACUUACGGCCUCCGCCGCAUCGACGACGAGGAGAUCGACCGCGCACGCGACUUUGUCGCCACGGGCUGCUGCCACCAGCCGCCGCAGGACCCCGCCCUCCCGCCUAUCUCCGUCGACCUAUUCCGCGCCCGUGUCGCUGCCGGCGAAGCCCUCAUCGUCAUCGAAGGCACCGUCUACGACGUCAAGCCGUUUGCCCUCUCGCAUCCUGGCGGAUACGCCACCGUCAUGAACGAGGUCGGCAAGGACGCCACUGCCGCCUUUCGUGGCGAGGAGCGCUCCUCCGACACCUCGCUCAACCGCCACACCCAAGAAGCUCGCGCCAUCCUCAAGACCCUCGCUAUUGCCCGCCUCGACGGCAUGUACCGCCUCCCCGUCGACCACGCCUCGUCGUGAUCGCGCGUUCCGGCCAUUUCAUUACUCGCAAAUACACACACUGUUUUCGAUCGC